AUGACUAAAGAAAAUCGCGAAAGGCAAAAGGUAACGGUUGCCUGUCAAAAUUGCAGGAAGCGGAAAGCAAAAUGUUCUGGUAAACCAAAAUGCACCAGGUGUCAAAUUAACCAUCUCAACUGCGAGUUUACCAAACCCGAAAAAAAACGUGGUCCACCGAAAACUGUGAGGAAUCAGGACAUAACGCCCUUCCUAGCAUAUCCCACAGGUUCGGGAUAUUUCGGUAUUCCUGUGACACCAUCCGUUUCUUAUGAAUUCCUGCCUCUUUUUUCCACACCAGAAAGCUCUGAAAUGAAAAAUUGGGAUUUUGCCUACUAUCCACCGUAUAAUUACGACUAUUAUAUGGAGCCAGGCAUUCAAGUUUACCAAGAAUUCACCUCUCCACCAACUUACGAAAUCCUCAUGUCCCCCAAAGACCUUAACACUUAUGAAACUCUUAAUAUGUAUCCUGUUACAAAUGUCAUCAAUUCUUAUAAUACCUUUCCACCGGAGACCGAUGCGAAAUUCAAUCAAUUUGAUGCUUCUAUUUCAAACUUAUAA